AUGGCCGAGGAGACCGAGGCACGGGUGCUCGUGCUCUACACUGGCGGCACGAUAGGCAUGCUCAAGACGGAGAAGGGAGGGUACGCGCCGCACCCGGGCUUCCUCGCGAGCAACCUUCGCUCGCAGGCAAGGUUCCACGAUCCGGCAUCCACCUCGGUCUUCGCCAACAGCUCGUCCGUCAGAGCGUUCGCGCAAUGGUCGGCAUCGCGGUCCGACAGCGGCGCGUCCACGCCCGCCCUCGCCCCGCUCCCGGCCGAGGACGACCUGCGCCGCGUGCGCUACGUCGUGUGGGAGUACGAGCACCUGAUCGACUCGAGCGAGAUUGAGCCGGCCGACUGGAUCCGCAUCGCCGAGGACAUCGAGCGCAACUACACGGCCUGGGACGGCUUCCUCGUCCUGCACGGCACCGACACGCUCGCCUUUACCGCGUCGGCACUGUCGUUCCUCUUGGAAGACCUCGGCAAGACCGUCAUCCUCACGGGCGCGCAGAUCCCGCUCAGCCAGCUCUUCACCGACGCGACCGACAACCUCCUCGCCUCGCUCGCCAUCGCCGGGCACUACUCGAUUCCCGAGGUCGUUCUCGUGUUCGACAAUGCCGCCUACCGAGGCAACCGCACCAUCAAGGCGUCGUCCGAGGACUUUCACGCGUUCCAGAGCGCCAACUUGCCGGCGCUCGCCACGGUCGGCAUCGACAUCGAGGUCGCCUGGCCCCAAGUGCUUCGUCCUGGACCUCGCCCUUUCCACGCGCACAAGCAGCUCUGCUCGGACGUCGGUGCGUCGCUGUCCUCGCCCUUCUCUCUCCCCUCCGUUCGCGGCGUCGUCCUCGAGUCGUACGGCGCCGGCAACGCGCCCAAGCGUCCCGAGCUGCUCGCCGCCUUCCGCGAGGCGACCGAGCGUGGUGUCGUCAUCGUCAACGUGACGCAGUGCGCCAAGGGCGCCGUCGCCGCCAUCUACGCGACCGGGCGAGCGCUCGCGGCGGCCGGCGUCGUCCCCGGCGCCGACAUGACGACCGAGUGCGCCCUCGCCAAGCUGUCGUACCUCCUGUCCAAGCCCGACCUGUCGCCUGCGCAAGUGCGCGCGCUCAUCGCCCAGCCUCUUCGAGGCGAGCUCACG